AUGUGCCAACUGGAGCAGGCUUCGUGGACUCUGAUGGCUGCUGGGUUGUGGGUGGAGCUGGAGGGUGGUGGCACCACACUCAAGUGCACUUUUUUUCCUGCCGCAAAGGUGCGGAAAGCUUUUCUAAUACACGAGAGCCUCGAUUACCUGGAGGGCAGAGCUACUGUCUUUCACUCCCAUUGCCUCUCUGCGUGGGCCAGCACCAGUGCGGGAGCGAAGCCGCCCGUCGUUCUGGGCCACUUCGUCCUGCCACCCGCCUGCCUGCAAGAAGAAAUCAGAAGGAAAAUCGGUAGUUUUAUCUGGGAGCAGGCAGAUGAUUCACUUGCAGAACAGUCCCCCAAAAGCCCGACAGAAGAACCGGAGGCAGUGAGAGAAGGCCGUGAGGAAGAAGUGGAGGAAGAUAUGCUAGACCUGGCCGAAAGCGAAGAAGAAACGGGCUCCAGAGCUCCCACCCAGGGGGAACUCCCAUACCGUGCCCUCCACGAAUACCCGAUGAAUAACAUGAUAACAGGCUACACCUCCUCUCGCAAUAUGAAGAAGUACCUCGGGGAGCUCCGCGACUUCAUUCCCGGCACCUCGGGCUACACGGCGUACUGGAUUGAGAGCGAGAUUAGCAUUUACUCUGACGUGAAGGCUAAAAUGAAGAGAAAAUUCUAA